AUGGGCAGCAACUUUUGUGCCAACUUGCGCGCAGGGGCGGCUGCGGUGCCUCCCUCCCUCCCCGGCGGCUGCCUCCGAGCCGGAGUUCCACGCACGACGACGCCUCUCUCCCCCUUCCGCUCCGGGGAUCAGCCCUGCAGCGCCUCCCGCACGAGCAGCAGCGGCCGAAGGGAGCCCAUUGAUCUGGCGGCGGCGGGCGCUUCCCCGGCAGCGGCCGAGCCGAUCCCACCUACCAGCGGCCUCAACCACCGCCCAGAGAGCGCGCGGCGCCGCAGGAGACGGCCCACGGCAGGCUCUGCGCCCGGCCUGCCCUGCACGCUGCCGCCUCCGGCCUUGGCCGCUCUGCUCUGCGCAGGGGCGCUCGGCAGCCGCCCACGGCGCGGGGCCCCGGAGGAGCAGGCGCCAGGCGCCGGCCGCCCCUGCCCCGCCGAAUGGUUGCUUCUGGCCCCCGCAUACCGCACAUUCCACGGUGCAGCCGGCAGCUCCCUGCGCACCAGCGGCGGCAGCUCUUCGCCCCUGGGCCAGGCGCUCCGCGGCCAGGAGAUUUGCAAUGGCAUUUUCAGAGGAGAAAGUGUGUUAGCCUUGAUGUCCUGGCCAAAGUAGCAUUCAGCAUACCAAAAUUCUCCCUGCAUAGCCAAACAGAUACAGUAAUCUUCCUCAAUUCUUGCCCUAAAUUAUGAAACCGUCUUGCCUUGUGUGCUGUUAAACAAUAGCUAUGUUCUACCCCAGAGCUGGUAGUGGCAUUUUAGUGAUGUGAUGGUGGGUGAAGUGAUUUCUGUGUGUGGGAGGGAGUGUGCGUGAGAGAGAGAGAAGACUAAUAAGGCUUGACAGUACCUUCUGGGAGGAAAGGUGUUAUAUAGGUUUAAGAUUUUACUAAGCACUUUCCUUGCAUCUUUUCUAGGAUAAAAGGAUCAUUACAUGUUUGCAAAUAAGACCCUCAGUCUUACCCUGCUAAGAGUAAAAAUAUUGAAACAGACUUUGAAAUGUAUACAGAAGUGUAUCACAUUUGUCAAGGAAAUUAAUAUUAAUUGUGUUAUAACAGAUGUGAACCUAUGUACUAGUAUGCAGGCACCUUCCUGGUUAAAGUUAUAAAUAUGCAAUUCAGUUUGUUCUUGAGGGGAACUGGUAAGCUUGGAGGUUCUGAAGGUACCUGGAUUAAUAUUUUGACAGUUUCUUUAACUAGCAGGAGUUCCUCAGUCAAAACAGAAGGUGGCUUGCAGCGCAGAGCUAGUUAUAUUUUGUGGUUAAAAUCUUCAUGCAUUGUAUGUUUAUUGUUCGGAGACAGUUAAAAGAUGUGUAUUUGUAGAUAAAUUAAGGCCAGAUCGGAGUUGAGCAUACCACCAAGGGGUAGCUGAACAUCUAGACAGCAAUAGAAAGCCGUCAAAGGAGCUAGAGAAUAUCUGGAAAAUUUGGAAGCUUCCAAGUAAUUACCAUCAAUCUCAGCAAACAGCAGAUUGGUGAAACCAAACCCUUAUUCUGUAAACAGUUCCGCAUACAUAAAUCACAGCUUCAUGAUUCAAAUCAAAUCCAUGGUUUCUUACUUUACACAAAGCUAAAUAAACUCUGUGGAAACCCUCCAUCAAGAGUCAUUCACUGCUGUGGUGGGACAGGUACUGUUUCUACCACCUCCCUUCCUAGAAGGUUCUGUUUUAGUAGGGUAACUGUAGUUUCCGCUAGGGGCUUCUAGGAGCCUAGUCUGGAUGUGCUGAAUUCAUGCAUUCUGCCAGCUGCCCUGGCCAUGUCCCCUCGUGAGCCAGUGCCACCCAUUUGGGGGGUUGCCUAAACACACCCCUGGUGCAGCGAAGGUUAUGAGCACUUUGUACUCUCCCCUUCCAGUUGGGUCUUUAUACUGUAACCCCCAAGGAGAUUACCUAGAUUCCUGGGGCUCUCUGCUAGCAGCUCAGGGAGAGGAACACUGUCCCUGGUAGGGAGAGGGAGCCAAGGCAAACUCAGAGUCUGCUUGGCAACCAAUAGGGAGUGAGAUGCCCCACCCAGGGAGUUCAGGAAAGAGGAGAAGACAUUUUUGAGUCAGUCUGGAGACAGCCAGGGCAAGGGUAGGACUGGUUGUGUGGGGAGCUGGUGAGUACCAGGUCUGCAUGCAGGGUUCCCGCUGAGAACUGGCCCCUAGGGACCUGAAAGCAAGAUCCCUCAGCUGGGCUUUUCCUUCUCCACUGAUGAUUCCCAGUUUGUAGAGUUUUGCUAGGAAAAUUCCCCAGCCAGGCUGAGUUAGUCCUCCAGCUCUCUAGGUGAGACCAGUCACGACAUGGUCAGCUCUGCUCUGUCUGCUAGUUCAGAGCUGCUGCCUGCUGUGAGUGUGCCUGGAUGCUGGGCUAGGAAACUACAGUUUGGAUUUUAGUACAGUUGUGUAAUCUGCACUUUGAGCCCUGCACCCCUUUGUGAUGAGAGGAAAUCCUGGGACCAGAGCAACCUGAUUCCUGCCUGAAGAGGUUCCUUGCCAGCAGAGAUCAGCCCCUCUGCAGUGACUGAGGAGUCCAGAGUCAUCUCUGGACCUGAGGAUCCUUCAUGGAGUUUGUGAGUGCACCAUCUUUUACUCAGUAGGUCAGAGAAUUCAUUUUGGGGACCCCCUACUCCCUGAACUAUGUCCUCAAUCCAGGGAAUAAGGGUUUGGGGAUUUUAUAACUUGCUGCCUGUUACAACUGUGGAGGAUCUUACCACCUUCUCCCACUUGUGAGUCCCUUGGGCUCUACUGAACCCUGUCAGCCACACUGCUAAACCACUGCAGAGAAGAAUUUUGGGGUCAUAGGUCAUCAAGGGCCCCAACAAAGUACGUGUACCAACGGGACACUAAUCUUACAUUUGCUACAUCAAGUCAUGUGAUUAGGGAAAGUCACAGAUAUUGGCUGCGUGGACACCAGUGAACCUAAAAAUAGUGUUUUACCCUGUUAUAUUUGUCUCCUGUUUAAUA